AUGUACGCACAAAGUCUGAAUUUUUCUGAGAGCCAUCAAAAUAACGUUCUCAGCCGUUCUACAUGUAUUCGUAUUGCAAAAAGUGGAUUCCAGCCGAUUUGUGUGCUUAAAAGAACUUUUCUGUAUAGUUGGAAAAAGGGAAUAAAUAGGGACACUGUUAUCUGGCUGCAACAACCAAUUGAUCUCAGUGUUGAAAAUAUCAGGGCAUGGAUCACGAGGAAAGAGUUCAAUGCACUGAGAGACACCCACAGAACUCAGGUUUCAGAAAUCAAUAAAUUGGGACCAGAUUUACAAGCAGCUCACUUUGUGUUGAAACACAAAGGUUCAGUGAAGUUUCACAAUUUGGAUCGUUGGUUCAAAGCAGACAAGGAUGGCAAGAUGGAUCUACCAAUUACAUUCACAAAAACUUAUUUGAAAGCAAUUGAUGCAAGCAACACCACCAUGAUGUAUGAAAGUUUUGACAACAUGGAAAAUUUACCUCAUUUGAGAUACUUAAACUUAAGCAAUUGCAAGUACAUUGAUGACUGGUGCUUAGAUAGACUUGUGCAGUUCAGAGAAACACUAUUUGUUCUUGAUCUCAGUGGAUGUGUGAAUGUUUCAGAAAGAGGUUUAGUCACUAUAAUUAAGUUGAAUUGCCUCAAAAGACUCAUCCUCAAAGACAUGAACCAUUUACAACAUGCCAAACUAAUUGCUCUUCUGUUGGAAGAAGCAAUGCCUAACUGCUAUAUAGAUGGCAUUGAUUAUACAAACAUAAGCAAAAGUGAAAGAGAAGACGAACCACAGUCUGUCUCUUUCAUGAAAUCUUGGGAGAAAAGAGCAAUGGCGGAACAAAUGGAUGUCGUUGCUGCUGUUAUCAGGGACUAUGGAGUGCUCGAGAACACUAAUAAUAAUAGAGCAAAAAAUAACAAAACCUGA